CCGGCGCGGAGCUGGGCCGGCGGGGGCAGCCGUCGCCGGCUUCGUUUCGUGAGGCGCGGGGGUCCUUGUCGGCUCCCUCCGCCCUCCGCUCUCCGCCCUCCGCCCUCCGCCUCGUCGCGGCCUCCGCGGCCCCGCGCCCUCUCGUCAUGGCACCGUCGGCGCGGCCGGCGCGGCCCCGCUGAACCUCGGCGCGGCGGCGAGCGCGGCUCGGGUCACCAUGCCCACCCGAGUGUGUUGCUGCUGUUCUGCUUUGCGUCCUCGCUACAAACGUCUGGUGGACAACAUAUUCCCUGAAGAUCCAAAAGAUGGCCUUGUUAAAGCUGAUAUGGAAAAAUUGACAUUUUAUGCAGUGUCUGCUCCAGAGAAACUGGAUCGAAUUGGUUCUUAUCUGGCAGAAAGGUUGAGCAGGGAUGUGGUCAGACAUCGUUCUGGGUAUGUUUUAAUUGCUAUGGAGGCACUGGACCAGCUUCUUAUGGCCUGCCAUUCUCAAAGCAUCAAGCCGUUUGUAGAAAGCUUUCUUCAUAUGGUAGCAAAGCUGCUGGAAUCAGGGGAACCAAAGCUUCAAGUUCUUGGAACAAAUUCUUUUGUCAAAUUUGCAAAUAUUGAAGAAGACACACCAUCCUAUCACAGACGUUAUGAUUUUUUUGUAUCUCGCUUCAGUGCCAUGUGUCAUUCCUGUCACAGUGAUCCAGAAACACGAACAGAAAUCAGAAUUGCUGGAAUCAGAGGUAUUCAAGGCGUGGUUCGCAAAACAGUUAAUGAUGAACUUCGAGCUACCAUUUGGGAACCCCAGCACAUGGAUAAAAUUGUCCCAUCCCUGCUUUUUAACAUGCAAAAGAUAGAAGAGGUUGACAGUCGAAUAGGCCCUCCCCCUUCUCCUUCGGCAGCUGACAAAGAAGAGAAUCCUGCUGUGCUGGCUGAAAACUGCUUCAGAGAGCUGCUGGGCCGGGCAACUUUUGGGAAUAUGAAUAAUGCCGUGAGACCAGUUUUUGCGCAUUUAGAUCAUCACAAACUAUGGGAUCCCAAUGAAUUUGCAGUUCACUGCUUUAAAAUUAUAAUGUAUUCCAUUCAGGCUCAGUAUUCUCACCAUGUGAUCCAGGAGAUUCUAGGACACCUCGAUGCUCGUAAAAAAGAUUCUCCACGAGUUCGAGCAGGUAUUAUUCAGGUUCUGUUAGAAGCUGUUGCCAUUGCUGCUAAAGGUUCCAUAGGACCCACAGUGCUGGAAGUCUUUAACACCCUGUUGAAGCAUCUGCGUCUCAGUGUCGAAUUUGAAGCAAAUGAUUUACAGGGAGGCUCUGUAGGCAGUGCCAACUUAAAUACAAACGCCAAAGACAGUGAUGAGAAGAUUGUGCAGAAUGCUAUCAUCCAAACAAUAGGAUUUUUUGGAAGUAACCUGCCAGAUUAUCAGAGGUCGGAAAUCAUGAUGUUCAUUAUGGGGAAAGUACCUGUUUUUGGGACAUCCACCCAUACUUUGGAUAUCAGUCAACUAGGGGAUCUUGGAACCAGGCGGAUUCAGAUAAUGUUGCUGAGAUCUUUACUUAUGGUAACCUCAGGAUACAAAGCAAAGACGAUUGUUACUGCACUGCCAGGGUCUUUCCUGGAUCCUUUGUUAUCACCAUCCCUCAUGGAAGACUAUGAACUGAGACAGUUAGUCUUGGAAGUAAUGCAUAAUCUUAUGGAUCGCCAUGACAACAGGGCAAAGCUUCGAGGGAUCAGAAUAAUACCAGAUGUGGCUGACCUAAAGAUAAAAAGAGAAAAAAUUUGUAGGCAAGACACAAGUUUCAUGAAAAAGAAUGGGCAGCAACUAUAUCGACACAUAUAUUUAGGCUGUAAAGAGGAAGAUAAUGUUCAGAAAAACUAUGAGCUACUUUAUACUUCUCUUGCUCUUAUAACUAUUGAAUUGGCCAAUGAAGAAGUGGUUAUUGAUCUCAUCCGCUUAGCUAUUGCUUUACAGGACAGUGCCAUUAUCAAUGAGGAUAAUCUGCCAAUGUUCCAUCGCUGUGGAAUUAUGGCGCUGGUGGCGGCAUACCUCAACUUUGUAAGUCAGAUGAUAGCUGUCCCUGCCUUUUGCCAGCAUGUCAGCAAGGUUAUCGAAAUUCGAACUAUGGAAGCCCCUUAUUUUCUACCAGAGCAUAUUUUCAGAGAUAAGUGCAAGCUUCCAAAAUCUUUAGAGAAGCAUGACAAAAAUUUGUAUUUUCUGACCAACAAGAUUGCAGAGUCACUGGGUGGAAGUGGCUAUAGUGUUGAGAGAUUGUCUGUACCAUACGUACCACAAGUAACAGCUCUCUUUCCUUCAGGCGAAAAACUUCAUAAACCCAGGGACAAGUACAAAGAUGAAGAUCGACUUUCUAGAAGGAAGAGUAUUGUGGACACUGUAUCCAUUCAGGUGGAUAUUUUACCCAACAGCAUUCCUUCCGAUGAUGUGGUUAGUAAUACUGAAGAAAUCACCUUUGAAGCAUUAAAGAAAGCAAUUGAUACCAACGGACUGGAAGAACAGGAAAAGGAAAAGCGGCGUCUAGUGAUAGAGAAGUUCCAGAAAGCACCUUUUGAAGAAAUAGCAGCACAGUGUGAGUCCAAAGCAAAUUUGCUUCAUGAUAGACUUGCUCAAAUAUUGGAACUGACCAUACGUCCUCCUCCCAGCCCAUCAGGAACCCUCGCCAUCACUUCUGGGCACGCCCAGUACCAGUCUGUCCCAGUCUACGAGAUGAAGUUUCCAGAUCUCUGUGUGUACUGAGUGGCUCAGGAAGACCUCAGCAUAAAGCCUAAAAAUGAGGGCCAGGCUGAGGUUUCAGGGUUUACUCGAUGUUUGUUAACAUACGUCUUGAAAACUAUGAUGGAACUUACCUUUAACCAAAUGCUUGGCAUAUCAGAUUAGAAAUUUUGCAACUGUAGCAUAUGAUUUAGAGUACUUUUGAAGAUAGGUUUAUGCCGUGUGAAUUCUUUUGAGGUUCCUGAUGCUUUUUAAAAUUGAACAUACAUUGGCCUCUCAUUAAUUCGUUGUUAAAUAGUACAUUGAAAUUUUUUUCACAAACAUGUAAUUAAAAAAAACAACAAGCCAUCAGAGGGUUGAAGGUGUAUGAAGUAUUUACAGUAUUUCUUAGACAUCUAUACAGCUGUGUAAAAUUAGAACUGCUUUUUUCUUUAUCUGCAAUGCAAAAGCAAAAACAUACAACUGUAUUCCUAAUCCUGGGGCUGCAAAACCGUUUUGUGAUUUUUCGUCCCCAUGUUUUAGAUAUUGUGAUAGGCACCCCUCAGUUAGUUUGUUAGAGCAAAAAAAAUAUGUGGCCGUCAGUCCUCGUCCUCUUUAUGGUAAUAACAUUCACUGAGUAAUAUUCCUAGAAUGUGACCCCAAAACCUCCAUACUUUAAAGUGUCUGGUUCUUACAAUACUGUGUUUUCUGCCAAGUUUGACCAUUCUACUUGAGAGUCUUAGAGCUUGCUCUUGGAGUACCGAACUGUGCAAUAUUUUUUACAUCAUAAGAUGUAUUAGUUUACAGAUUACGCUUUGAAAUUAUAAUGGUAUUUUGUGUGGCUCCACUAAUUAAAUGAGCUAUAUAUUUAGUAUAGAAAAAAAGACAUUUAAAACAGCUAAUAGUUCACCUGUGAAGAGUGCAUACAUUUUUAUUUCUUUUAAGAGCACAUUAAUUUACAUUUUUAUACUGUGCAUUGUUUUAAAUUCUCAUAGUCAAAAAAUGCCCCAAAUGGACUUUUAAUUUUUAAGAUUUGAACUGUAACUUGUGUGCAUCUCUGUUUAUGAUUCGUGAUAAUUAUAUUUGAAAAGAGUGCCUAUGGUUUUAGCAGUCGUCAAUUUAAACUUGUGUUGAUUUAAUCUAUCAAGAUUACAUGUGCUAACAGAAGGUGUUUCCUUAAAAUUAUGUAUGUUUUAGUGAAUUCCGUCACAUGGCAGAAUGAACAACUUUCUUUUCAACUCUUACGAAAUCUCUUAGGACAUUCUUAUGAAAUAAUCUGUUUAUAAUUCUCCUACCUUUUCAGAUUUGAUUCCUUUUUACACAAAACAAUAUACAUAUCAAACAUUGUAGUCCCAAAAUAAUUUAGUUUCUAGCUUUUGCUUUUGUUUGAAAAAUCCCAGUGAAGAAUGGCCUGUUCCUCCUUUGGGUUUAGGGUUCUUUGGGCACCUUUAGCAGAAACAAAGUUAAGGAAGUAAUAAUAGGACCAGCAUACUUGAAACUCUUGAAUAUUUAAACCAAAGCACAGCAUCUUUAAACAACUUGCAAAAGAUCUUAGUCUUUUAAACCUAUAAAAUGAUACUCAAACGUCUUGCAUGGUUUAGUUACCUACUCAGUGUAGAUAAACAAGACGCUGUUUUCUGAGUAACUGUGCCGUCACCACUGGGGGACUAAAUGGCCCCCUUGACCAGGUAAAAUGGUUCACCACUUAAUAGGCCAAGUUUUACGUUUGUUUUUAAUUUCCCUUUUUUCUUCUCUAUUUUUAACGAAAGAUACUAACUUUUGAUUUUGCAUUAAAAAAAUCUAAGCAGGGGGACAGGCUAAAACAAUCAUCAUCCACUUGGAUGUCAUUUUAUAGAUUAACACUGUGUGCUUUUGUAUAAAAAAUAUAUAAUUUAAUAGUAUAAGAAAAGAAGAUAUAUAUUCAUUUGCACUCAUGCAAAACAAACUUUGCUCUACGAAACUUCACAUUUCUCUGUGAUUUAAAACUGCAUGUGUAGCAUGUAAGAGAAAAUCAUUUCAGUUAAUGUUUAUCACACCUUCCUCUUGGUCUGUUUGUAAACGGUUGAUUUGGGUUUUUUGGGGUUUUUUCCUGGUUGUAGUUGUUAUUUUUACAUAGUAAACUUCUAUGUAUCCUAGCUUACUGAGCUGGUCUUUGUUAACAAGGAUUCCCAAGAAUUGGUGGAUUUUUCCUUUGACUUGUCCCUUCCAGGAGAUUGCAGGAGGUCCUGCAGCUGAUAGGUAUGCAUGUAAUAUAUCAUAUUGCCAGUUUGGAUACUGAAAGUUUAGGAUUAGUUGAAGUUCACUGUAUUGCUAUAUUUUUGUAGAUAUUUAAAGUCUUAAUAAAAACUGUUAAUCAUUCUCUUUUUGCUGUA